AUGUCUGCCCAAUGCGGUGUAGCAGCAGGAAUAUCAGCAGCCACUGCCCGUACCAGCCUCCUACGUGCUUUAGUGUCAAUCACUAGCCAGCUCUCUACAGAACAGCUGUCUCGUCUUUAUACCUUAGCAGGGGCUGCUAUUGAGGCAACAGCCAUCGAAGGGGACAUCUCUGCAGCGCGACAGCUGGGCUUGAGACAAGUGUGUCAGGAAGCAGAGGCUCAUAGGUUACAGCUGAGUCAUCUUGCUCGCUCUCACGCUCUCUGUGCAGUGGCUUACUCGAGGAAGCACAGUCAGACCGCUUGGGAGCUUUACUCGGCGAUGGUGGCCUCCGGUGAGCCUAUUGCCUGCAUCACGUUCGAACGUGCAUUGACUGUAUGCUCCACCAACCGCUGGCAUAAUGCAGUGCCUGCUAUCAUCAGAUCAGCGGUUGAGCAAAUGGCCUGCCCGCUCAGCGACACAGCUAUCGCUCAUGCCAUAAGGGCUUUCCGUGCUGCACCAACCUCUGAGGAAGCUGCCAUCAGCUCGACAGCUGCUGAGCUUAGACUUAGGAAUGCCUGGGGUGUUAUACAUGAAGAUCAUCGUAUGACUCUACGACAGAUGAACGCUUUCGUAGAAGUGUAUUGCAGUCUGGGGUACUGGCAAGAGGCUGUCAGUCUAGUCCUCUCAGCUCGGGACCGAUGGCCUUGGAUGGGCGAUGAUGCAGACCAAACCGAGGAUGCAGUGUGCCAUGAUGGCGGCGGAUUCGCAAACGUACAUACUUUCAAACCGAUACUCGCCACAGUGGCCAAGGAGCCCUACGAGGAAUACUUUGCCGUGUGGGAUGUUAUGGUACUCGAUAGUAGCGUCACCCCUACCGCCGACAUGAUGAAGGAAGCGCUCAAUCACGCUUUGGUCGGUCUAAAGUCAGCCAAACGAGUGGUUCAACUCCUCGAGCUUGCCUAUUCGAGAGGCAUCCCCAUCUCCCAGGACCAACUCGAUCAACUAAGACGGGAAGCAUCUCAUGUGCCAGCUGUGCAGCAACUUGUCAGAAUUUGUACACAUCUCAAGACUUAA